AUGUCUUACGCUUCUGUCGCUGGCCACAACGUCCCAUUCGGCGAGAUGCCCCAACCCGACCCCAACCUUGCUGAAGGUCCCACUGCUACUGACGAGGCUCCCGCUCCCGUGGCCCCCUCUGAGCCGCCUCUUUCCGUUGAGCUCCACCCCCCUCCCGAGCCGGAGCCUUCGGUCUCGGAUGUUGCUCCCAAGCCCGUUUCUCCUCCCCCUAAAAGUAGUGUCCAUCUUCCCGAGAGCGGCGCUCAGUGGGAAAAACAACAGGACAUCAAGAAGGAGCAACAGGAGCUCAAGAAGAAGGGCAAGGCUUUGAAGAAGGAGGCCAAGGACGAAUUUGAGCAGGCCGAGAACGCUUUGGCUCCUUACUGGGAGAAGACCAAGGACGUCGUCCUUCGACCUGGUACUCUUGGUGGUCUUUUGGGUGUUGUCAACGUCGGUAUCCUCGGUACUGCCGGUUACUUUGCCUACACAAAGAAGAACCAGCCUUGGGAUCAGCGACUCGUCGGCGGCGCUGUUGCCGGUACUCUUGCUCUUUUCGGCGCUGAAGGCUACCUUGCCGAAUCUUACCUCUCUACCCCCGAAGGCCAAGCUGAGGCCGACCGAGCCAAGGCUGAAGGUUCCAAGCUCUACCUUCACGCCAAGGAGGUUAUUCUUCGUCCCCAGGUCGCCGGCGGUCUUGUCGGUGCUGUGAAUGUUGCCAUCCUCGGUGCCGUCAGCUACUUUAGCUACCAGAACUGGAACAGGCCUUGGGACAGGCAGAUCGUCGGUGGAGUUGCCGCUGGGCUCGUUGCUCUCAGUGGUCUCGAGGGGUGCGUCACUUUUCGUUCGCCACAAAAUUGA